AUGGAACAAUCGCACAAGUCGUACCGUCCGCUGACAGUGCUAACCUUCAGAUGGAACUACGCUAUACACGGCCUGCAACCCGCCGGGUACCACCUCGUCAAUGUGCUUUUGCAUGCUCUGGUAUCAUUACUCUACUACAGGGUCUGCGCGAUGUUCCUGCCGGAAUUCGCAAGUUUCGUGGCCGCCAUCUUGUUCGCCGUACAUCCAAUACACACCGAGGCGGUCACCGGUGUCGUCGGUAGAGCAGAAAUGCUCUCGUCCGUCUUCUUCCUCGGUGCUUUGCUGUGUUACGCCCGAGCCGCCAGCCGUAGAAGAUACACAGAUUGGCGCUACCUUGUUGCAUGCACAGCGUGCGUGGGUGUCGCCAUGCUUUGCAAGGAGCAAGGCAUCACUGUGACCGCGGUGUGCGUGGUAUACGAACUGUUCGUGGCCCAGAAGCGUCGCAACUCGACCUCAAACGGUCGCUCGUGGUUAGAAGCGUGGAGUAAGGGUUCCGGCUGGGGGUGCGCCUGUGGCGAAGCAGCGCGCAGGGUCGCCACCGUCUGCUGCGCAACCCUGGCUUUAUUGGCAGCGAGGCUCCACGUUAUGGGCGCGCAGCUGCCGGUCUUUACGAGAUUCGACAACCCUGCUAGCGCCGCCCCACCACCAGCCAGGCAUUUAACAUUCGCCUAUCUACCGGCGCUCAAUGCCUGGCUGUUAACGCUACCUGAUGCCCUUUGCUGCGACUGGACAAUGGGCACUGUGGCCCUGUUGCGGUCCUGGCGAGACCCUCGGAACUUGGCGACUCUAGCGCUGGGCACCACUUUGGUAGCGGGUGCCAUCCACGCGUUGAGGACCCGCUCUUCGGCCCUGUCUAUGGGUCUCGCAUUGCUGGUGCUGCCGUUCCUCCCGGCCUCGAACCUCUUCUUUCCCGUCGGGUUCGUUGUCGCCGAACGGGUUCUGUACAUGCCGUCGAUGGGCUGGUGCCUGUUGGUUGCGCACGGCUGGAGGCUGUUGGCCAAGAAGAGGGCCGCCUUGGCCGCUGCGUCCCUAAUCUUCCUUCUGCUCGCCUUCAGCGCUAAGACGUACAUUAGGAAUUGGGAUUGGAAGACUGAAUACUCUAUUUUUGCGUCCGGACUUAAGGUGAAUCGUAACAACGCCAAGUUGUACAACAACGUUGGCCACGCCCUGGAGGCGGAAGGCAGGUAUGCUGAAGCGCUAGAGUUCUUCAAUACGGCGGUGAACGUCCAGCCGGACGAUGUAGGCGCGCACAUAAACGUCGGCAGGACCUACAACCACUUGGGGCGGUAUCAGGAAGCCGAAGAAGCGUACGUGAGGGCCAAGUCCCUCCUCCCCAAGGCGAAACCGGGCGAAUCGUACCAAGCGAGGAUAGCACCCAACCACCUGAACGUUUUCCUGAACCUAGCCAAUCUGAUCUCGAAGAACGCGACGAGGUUGGAAGAGGCGGAUAUGUUGUACAGACAGGCGAUCAGCAUGCGCGCUGAUUAUACCCAGGCCUACAUAAACAGGGGUGAUAUCCUGAUCAAACUGAACCGCACUAAGGAAGCGCAGGAGGUGUACGAGAGGGCGUUGCUAUAUGACAGCGGGAAUCCUGAUAUAUACUACAACUUGGGAGUCGUGUUACUGGAGCAGGGCAAGGCGUCCCAGGCGCUUGCGUAUUUGGACAAGGCCCUGGAGCUGGAGCCGGAACACGAGCAGGCGCUGCUGAACUCCGCCAUUUUGCUGCAAGAGCUUGGCGCCGCAGAUCUGAGGCAUUUGGCCCGACAACGACUCCUCAAGCUGCUGGACAAGGACGCCACGAACGAGCGCGUCCACUUCAACCUCGGCAUGGUCUGUAUGGACGAGGGGGACGCGGAGUGCGCCGAGAGGUGGUUCCGGGCGGCGGUCCACCUCAAACCGGACUUCCGGUCGGCGCUGUUCAACCUGGCGCUGCUGCUGGCAGACCGCAGGAGGCCCCUAGAGGCGGCGCCCUUCCUGAAACAGCUCGUCCGCCACCACCCGGACCACAUAAAAGCUUUGGUCCUUCUCGGCGACAUCUACAUAAACUCCGUGAAGGAUCUCGACGCCGCCGAAAGUUGUUACCGGCGCAUUCUAGAGCUGGAGCCGGAAAACGUGCAGGCGCUACACAAUCUGUGCGUGGUCGCAGUGGAGCGCGGCAAAUUGGCGGUCGCCGAGGAGUGCUUAAGCCGCGCCGCCGCCCUUGCACCGCACGAGCACUACAUACAGCGCCAUCUGGCCGUCGUGCGAGCGAGACGGGCUGCGCUCGCCGCGCCCCCCUCUGCCCGCAGCGGUGCGGAAAAGGCUGAAGUGCGAGCGAGAUGGAACUACAUCCCGCAGCAGCCGCCCGAUCCCCACGAGACCGACGCGUCA